UACAGUAUUUAUGCUAUGCAUAAUGGGUUUCUGUACUCGUGUAAGCAAGUAUUGCAGGUCAAGAUGUGAUAAUUCAAUUAUUUCUCGACAGAUUGUUUGUUCAAAAGAAGGUUUCCGGGAAGUGCGCAUUACAAAGGACAUUGUCAAUGAGGGGAAAGUUAGGCGUCCCACGGCGAUUACAAGGAUAGGCUGUAAGGUGAUGAUUGCUGUAAAGAAACUAACUUCAGCAAAUUGGGUUGUGACAAGGUUUGUUAAGGAGCAUAAUUUUGCCUUAGGAACUUCAAAGAAUUUGGUCCAUCUUCAGUCAGAUAUUAGUACCAGAAAAUCUUUGGCCUUACCAGAGGCAAGUGCCGUGUGUACCGGAGUGGACACUGGUGGAUGUUCAGAAAUGCAAGGGUUAGUAUGAAGUCUACUCGGGGAUCUAUCUAUGGCAGGUACUAAUUCUUUCACGAAUACCUUCCAUUCAAGCAAAAUUCUCUUGAUCUUGCAGAAACAAUAUAUAUAUAUAUAUAUAUAUCUUCCAUGAUAUUGAGUUUCAAUCCGGUUCAAAUAUACCUUUGCAUAGCUCACCUCUAAUGAUAUCUGUCCUUCCAAAUUUGCAGGAGUUAGACCCUGCCCAAUCGAUAUCUUAAGUAAACGAGAGCAAAACAAUCCAUCCCGGGCUGAGUGAAACAGAGGUGGUGGCUAUUCCGGCA